UCCCUUCAAGUGUGGUCAAGCCAUUUCACCCAUCAUCAAGUUAAGAUGGAAGACCUUGCUCAUUUUAGUAAGAAAACAAAGCACACGUUUAACUCUUCAUGCUCUAAAUUGGCUUCCUUUUGCCACUCAUGUUGCACUUUAUUUUCUUCCUACUUUCAUGUCCUAAUCUUUCGUCUAAACCCAUUUUGGGUUCAACUUCAUUACUUUAUCAUUUUUUCUCUCAUGGGUUACUUGGCUUUGAAGGUUUCAAAGCCAAGAACAGCACCCUCGUUUCGACCUAAGGACUUGGACUUGUUCUUCACCUCUGUGUCUGCAACCACAGUUUCUAGCAUGUCAACAGUAGAAAUGGAGGUUUUCUCCAACACCCAACUUGUUAUUAUUACCAUUUUGAUGUUAUUGGGUGGAGAAGUUUUCAACUCCAUGCUUGGACUUCAAGUGAUGAGGUUCAAGCUCACCAAAAAUUGUGGAAGUAGAAGUGGAACAAAAAAUAUAGAGGAUUCAGUUAAUACUGAUUCUGUUUCUUUACACUCACCAAAUGAUCUCAAUCACAUCGAGUUGGGUUUAGGCAACGAGCAUCUGAAGUACAACUCGAUCAAGUAUUUGAGUUAUGUGGUGCUUUGUUAUCUCUUACUAGUUCAUAUAGGAGGUUCUACUUUGAUUUCUAUCUAUAUAAUUCAUGUUCCAAGUGCAAGAGAAAUACUCAGCAAUAAAGGCCUUCAGAUACAAACAUUUUCUGUGUUCACAACCGUCUCUACAUUAUCAAGUUGCGGUUUCAUCCCGACAAAUGAAAACAUGAUGGUUUUUGUUAAGAAUUCAGGUAUGCUCCUACUUCUCAUUGCUCAGGUCCUCCUUGGAAACACCUUGUAUCCACCAUGCUUACGAUUUCUGAUAUGGGUUCUAGAGAAAGUCACAAUGAGGGAAGAAUUCGGUUACUUGUCAAAGAACUACAGGCAACUUGGAUAUGAUUAUUUGUUGUCUGGUUUGCAUUCUUUGUGGCUGGUGGCCAUUGCUUUUGGGUUCAUAUUGGUUCAAUUCAUAUUAUUUUCUACCUUGGAGUGGAACGCAGAAUCCAUGAAUGGUCUAAAUUCUUAUCAAAAACUUGUGGGAUCGUUAUUUGAAGUUGUGAAUUCAAGGCAUAUUGGAGAAUCUGUUGUCGAUCUCUCUAACAUCUCUCCUGCAAUCUUGGUGGUGUUCAUUCUAAUGAUGUAUCUUCCUUCAUAUAUUUCAUUUUCCCUUGCUGAUGAUUGUGUAAAGGGAUCAACAAAUGAGAAAAAGAGCACACAACGAAAGAAGUUUGCGGAUUAUAUAUUGUUCUCACAGCUCUCUUAUUUAGUCAUCGUCAUCGUUAUCAUUUGUAUUACUGAGAGACAAAAAAUGAAGGAAGAUCCUCUCAACUUCAAUGUUUUAAACAUCACCUUUGAAGUAGUAAGUGCAUAUGGAAAUGUGGGGUUCUCAAUGGGUUAUAGUUGUAAGCGGCAAUUGAAAUUUGGUAUCUACUGUAAAGAGUCAUGGUAUGGAUUUGUUGGAAGGUGGAGUAACAAGGGAAAAGUCAUCCUCAUUCUUGUUAUGUUCUUUGGAAGGCUUAAGAAAUUCAGCAAUCAUGGUGGUAGAGCUUGGAAACUAUCAUAACAAUACUACAUAUAUCAAUGUCAUGUACAUAUCCAUGUAUUGCUUUUUGCACUUCCCUCUUUGUUGAUGUAAGUUUUUGUAUGUAUUGCUUUCUUCAUCAAUAAAGUUUCUUUUUGCUGAUAAAAAAAAAA